CCGCGAAGAACUUCCUGGAUUGAGGGGAUUGAGACAUCGCGAUAGGCGGACUGCUAUGCAGUUCAGCUGCAGGGGCCUGACGCUGGAAUGCGAAACUACAAGUUAUUUAGUCGAAACAAACAAAUAGGAAAAGCCAGCAUUUUAAAAACAGAGCAAGCCCUCGAUGCGUGUAUGGUCUCCAGCGUGAGAGAGCCUUAACAUCCAGUUCACAACCAGACACCACCUGACCAAUCCGUUUCUUCUUCGUGGUUUUUGUCCUAAGGGAAUGAGAGGAGACCGGUUAUUUGGACGCAUGCAGCUUUGGGCUCGUUGACCCUCUGUGUUGGCUCAGGAUGGCGCAGGGAGGAUCUCAGCUCGACUAUCACAUCUUGCAGGACCUCAAGCAGCGUUUCCCGGAGAUUCCAGAGGGAGUCGUGUCUCAGUGCCUUCUGCAGAACAACAAUAACCUAGAUCUCUGCUGCCACCUGCUGGCCCAAGAGAGCAACAGAUACUUGUAUGGAGAGUUCCAUCACAGUCCAGAAGAGGCGCGACAGGGCCGAAACCCCAUGCUUCACAUAAACCUGCCCUACCUGGGCUCAGAGGCCAGCAAAUCCAAUGGAACAGGUGUAGGUCGCUCGCUUGUGCACAGUACCAGUGACAGUCACAUAGAGCCGCAGCGGCCCAGCUACCCCGAACCCAUGUCGGCUCCUGCUACCGUGGCCCCCUCGCCUGGAUACAACCCUUUUUUUAUGAAUGAUCAAAGCCGCUCGGCUAGCACGCCCACCCCUCCGCCCACGAUGCAAGGCAUGUCGCCCACAUAUUCACGUUACACCAUGAACCCUGUAACCGUUGAUCUUCCGCCAAGUAUCCCCAGCGUCCCCCAGGUUCUCCAGAUACCUCCUGGACACUACGUUAACAACAGCAACGCCACCCUCUACAUGCGACCUUCGCCUUCUCAGAGCCCGCAGCCGGCGCCCUGGCCGUCCUCGGGCACGCCUGUCUAUCAGCAUCAACAGUCCCCCUACAGUACUCCGAAGUACGGCUCCCCGUAUAGUUCGCCGCAGCAUCAGGUCCAGCCGCAACCUGCGCACCAGCAAUAUGUCUUCCUCCCCAUUACCCCUCAAACCCCUCAUAGCAUGGGCUACCAUCACCAGCAACCCCCCUUGCAACAGCCUACAGUUUACAGGCACUACCACACGAAAAAUCCCCUCGCAAAACAGUUUGAGAUAGAAGGUCAGCGACCCCGCAGUAACUCCCCCGUGCACACCCCGCAUCCCCAAGGAAACCUUUACAUGGCCACCAGUACUUCGCCCAGCUCCCCUUCUAGAAGCAUGAACUUCAGUGGAUCUCCGGGGCCAACGGCUUACCUUCCCGGGAUGUACUUGCAGCCUCAGGGCUCUGCGAGGCCUCGGCCUGCGUCCUCCCCGCAACCGGCCCAGUCGGCCUACACCUAUAAAAAGAAUCUUUCCCCGGGAGGCCAGGCUCAGAGGCCUCCCAGCUCACCCCCUGUCGCUGAAGCUGAAUCUCUUCUGAACAUAGUAGACCAAGGGGAGCACAGCGCCGCUCCUGCUCCCAUCCUGCCCAUCUCUGCUUUGCUGGGGAACAACGCUAAUCAGUAUCACCAAAUGCCCAGACGCUCAAGCUCAGGCUCCGAUGACUAUGCCUACACACAAGCUCUUCUGCUUCACCAGCGUGCCAGGAUGGAGCGCUUGAUGAAGCAGCUGAAGCUGGAGAAGCAGAAACUGGAGCAGCUCAAGGCUGAUGUCAAUAACAUGGAGUAUGACGCCCUUCAGAGACGCUUUCGAAGAGUCAACUCCACAAGUCUUAUACCCAGGCCUGAAGAAAUGACCAGACUCCGGAGUCUCAACAGACAGCUGCAGAUUGAUAUUGACUGUACACUGAAGGAGACAGAUCUGCUGCAGUCCAGAGGGAAGUUUGACCCCAAAGCAAUGAACAGCUUCUAUGACAACAUUCAGCCGGGUCCAGUCGUGCCGCCAGAACUUGGGAGGAAAGAGGGGGAGCAGGGCUCCAAGCCAGUGUUGGCGCCCCAGAGAGAUGAGGACUUUGAAGGCGCCCAGUGGAACUGUGAAAGCUGCACCUUCCUCAACCAUCCUGCACUCAACCGCUGUGAACAGUGUGAGAUGCCGCGCUGCACCUGAAGUUCAAACUGCACUGUAUUACCCGUCCCGCUCUCUCCCUCCACAAAUCCUUGGGGCAACGCCAGCCCCAGCCGUUCUGGAGUCCGUCCCGAGGCGUUUCCACUGUCGAUCAAUGCAUAAGCCCCUCCCACUCGCCGAGGAUGAGCCAGAAUCUUUCCGUCAGCUCGCUUGUCCUCUCAUUCCGGACAUUUGUGCACUAUGGUCACUGUUAUUUUCGUGGUGGACGAUGACUCCCCUGACGUCUUCAAAGACUCUUCUCAAGGCGGUUAUCAAGAAGCGGAGGUGACGCACCACAGACGGCAGAGAUGAGGAGAAGGGACUGCGGUUUACCAUUCCAAACAAUUCCAUGCAGAAGUGACUGACUGCCCUGUUUACACUGUGCCCAUUCCUGAACUCCUGAAUGGAGGCACCUCCCUCCCACUUCAAUCCAGGACCUGCUCCCUCUGAUGCUGAGAUGUUGAAACAUCGACAAAUAAGUUGUGACUAAUGUUAAAAGUAGACUGUACACUGUAUCUGGCUCUGUAUGAGAGCUGAUUUCACUGAAGAACACUACACACUUGCAUAUGAGUAUAUUCCUGGUACUUGUAUGCAGAUUAUACCACCAUGUAUUAUGUGUUCAGAACAUGAUAAUUUCCUGUGCAAAUGCCUCAACUUGCUGUACUUAAUAAAGGAGCUGAUUAUAUGUGACCUGAUCACAACA